CGCGGGGUGAUGAGUAUCACCCCUUGGACGCCGAGUACUCACCGCUCGGGCGAUGACUAGUCACCACUCGAGCGCCGAGUGUCCACCGCUCGGGCGAUGAGUGUCCACCACUCGAGCGCCGAGUAUAUAGGUCUUCGUCGCCCGAUCUGGGGGGGCGUUCUUGCGUUGCUCGCCCUCGAGUUACUUUGUAGCUCGGUAGAUACCCCUAGCUCAGUAGACACCGCUAGCUCAGUAGACACCUCGUACUGUGUUGUUACUAGCUAUGGAUUGCAAUGAAAGCUCUUAUAAUUCUCA